AUAAAGACGCGGGGGUCCUAUUGGAACGGAACGGAACUACUGGGUGUCUGUCGAUCCAGCCGGAAGGGUUAAAGUGUGGGACUCGCCUGGGUUCAGAAAAAGCACGUGGAAGCUGGUUGCCCUUUAAAGAGACGCGCCUGCUUUUCGCUCCUGAAUAUGCCCAAAACUGCCAAAGCAAAAGGAGGGGAGCAGGAGAAGAAAGCCAUCCAUCCUUACAGCAGAAAAGCGGCUCAACUUACAAAAGAAGCACACAAACAGGUUAAAAAGGAAAAAUUGAAAAAUGAAAAAGCCCUUCGGCUCAGCAUUGUGGGUGAAAAAUUGCUUUGGUUUCAAUGUCACCUUGAUCCUGACAAAAUGGAAUACACAAAAAAUGAAGCUUCUGAAUUAGUAGAGAAUUAUUUGCAGCGAUUUCGUGAUGAGUUGGAGCAGAUUGAACUGCACAACAGCAUUAAAGGCAGACAGUCCAGACAACACAGUUCCAGGGAAACCGUAAUCAAGCAGACCAUGGAACGUGAAAGACAGCAGUAUGAAGGCUAUGGCAUAGAAAUCCCUGACAUUAUAAACUGUAAACAUCUUCGAUAUUUCAGAGACUGGGAUGGUGAUCUGAAGAAGCUACCGAAUAUUAAAAUGAGAAAGUUAUCCAGUAAAGAUCUCUGUAGCAAUAGAAUGGAAAAAGCAAAUGUUGAAGCUGAAAAUGAAUUGCCUGCAGCACAGGAGUAGACUAAAGAGAAAUUGCUGGGAUAUCUGAAACAGAUUGACAAGCCAGUGUUUUAACUGUCUGUGGCAGCAAGAAGAAACCUUCCUUUCAAUCAACCAUGAGUACCUGCAGUUCUGAUCACUAUGACAAUUUAUACUGCAGUUUGUAAUAUUGCAUUGUCUUUUUAAAAAACGUUGUGCAAUGUGUGUAAGGUUCAUAAAAAUACUUGAUAUUAUAUUGAUAAACUAAA